CAGAGAGCGUACACCAUUAUUGCGUGAACAAGAAGAAGGGCAUGUUUAUGGAUCAUCUUCAGCUUGAAGGGUACUAUUUGUCUUGUAACAAAACAAUUUGAUUCCACUAUAGUAUUUAAUAAAAAGCAUCUUACUUUUAAAGCAAUGCGUUUUAAAAGAUUUGAAUUAAUUGACUGCGCAGCCGUGUCUUGAAAAAAAAAAAGAUAUGCUCUCUCACUGAUUCCUCUCCACCAUGUCUGAUCCUGACCAUAAGGACGAAAUAUGCUUCAUUUCAAGAGGUCGAUACGUCUCUGUCGAAGGCAGCUUCAUAGAAAGUUGCGCCAAUAACGCCAACAUAGUAGUACCUGCACAUAUGGUCCAGAAUCGAAUCAAGCGCGACGGAUUACAAGAGCAUCACCUUACAUUCAUAAAUCCUUUUGAGCUCAAAGAUGCUGCUAGUAAGCUUGAUAUCAAAAAGAAAGCUGCUAGCCGAAUUAUAGAACGCAUUCAAAACGAGCACGGUUUUCCUAGUACUUGGGAGCCACCUAUCGAUCUUGGCACUGGCAGAAUUCUGGGCAAGGACAAUGCGGUCACCCUGUUCAAAGUUAUCCACUGGCCUGCAGGACAGGCUAUUCGACAAAACCUCGGACUUGGUCAUGCUUUCCUCCAUGUCACUCUUGGUUUCGAUCCAGCAGAUAUUCACCAAUAUAAAGGACCAGGAUCCCUUGAUACUCUUAAUGGCAUAUCACAGUGUAGUCACCGCGACAUUGAGCAACUCACUUCUCUGCAACACCAUUACCAUGGAGAUGGCGUAUUCAUGAAAAGACUGGCGAUUCAGUGCUGGAAAACAGGCUUCUAUAGGUGGGCUUUUUGGCUUACCUUUAGAUAUUCUCUCGCCACAAUUAAACUAUAUAUGACCGCAAUCAAGUCUCCACGGUUACGAUAACUUUCAACUUGACCAUAUUAUCACUUUGAGAAA